UAUCUGCUUCUUCAGCUCGACAAACUGUCAAAAAAAGACAACGGUCUGAAAAAGAAGUAUCUAGCGUCAAAUGAUCAUCAGUUACCAGCACUACCAGUUUCACCUGCGGUGCUUCACCCUGCUCAUCAGUAGUACUGUAAUACUGGAAGUCUUUUUCACUGACAGCAACGAGUCGCCCGAACAUCAUUUCAUUGCAAUGGAUCUUCUUGUGUUGCUGCUGCUGUGCACUGCUCCACUGAUCCCGGGCCACCGUUUAGAACUGGUUAUAGACAGCUGUGAAGACAUGCAACUCCACCACUCUGGGCUGAGCCCACAGCAUGCACCAUCACCCUUCACUGUCACUGCAGAGCAAAGGCGCUACACACUUGGAGAGGAUGUCAAAGUUGAGCUACAGGGUCCGGCGUCCACACCAUUCACUGGUUUCCUGUUGGAGGCUAUAGAAGUGGGAAGCGAGACUCCUGUGGGUUCCUUUGCCAUACCAGCAGGGGCUGCUAAACUCCUCACCUGCAGCCAAAGACCUAACUCAGCUGUGUCCCACACAUCAGGCUUUAAUAGCAGCUACAUUCAGGUGGCAUGGAGAUCAGAACCAUCAGGAGACAUCAAAGCUGUUCAGUUCCGUGCAUCCUUUGUGCUGAAUUCCACAACAUUUUGGGUUAAUGUGACGAGCCCUGUCCUGACCUUCACUAAUGCCAGGGUUGCCAGAUCUGCAGGUUCCCUCACUGGGAAUGGCAGUACAGACCCUGCACCACUUGUUAAAUCAGCCAGAUCCAUCUCUAGUGCUGACUGUGGUGUCACCAAGGUGUGCUUCACUCAGCCUUCAAACUGUGACCCAGCAGUCAGUUCUAGCUGUUAUUUAAUGUCAGCCAUGAUGUUACCUGGUGGUACAGCCGUCCGCUAUGAGAUGACUGGUCCUAGUCAAGGAUACAUCGCGUUUGGAUUCUCUGCUGAUCAAAUGAUGGGAAACGAUGACAUUUAUGUUUGUGUCACAGACAGUAGUGGACAAGCUGUUGUGCAACACAUGUAUUCAACGGGACACACAACUCCACAAGCUGUUGCUUUGGGGAACGUUUAUAAUGUAACAAUGUCGGUGCAGAACGGUGUCAUCAGCUGUUCCUUCACUACUACGAACAUCAUUUCUAUUCAGGGGACUUCAGGUUUCAACCAAUCCUACUACCUGUUGUUUGUCUAUGGGCCCAGCAGCAAUGGACAAAUCCGCAUCCAUACAAAUGACUUCAUCAGCAACAGCAAGAUUGCCAUGUCUACUCCUUUGGCUGUCAGUCAAGACACGAUUCCUGAUAUCGUCAAAGCUCAUGGGUCACUGAUGCUGAUUGCCUGGAUGACCACAGGAACACUGGGAAUGAUGGUUGCCCGAUAUCUGAAAAAAAUGGCCAAGGGAACGAGAAUGUGCAACAAAGAUCUCUGGUUUGUGGUCCAUGUUGGAGUAAUGUGUCUGACAGUAGCUGCCACAAUCAUUGCUUUCAUCCUCAUUUUCUCGUAUGCUCAGGACUGGUCUGGGGGAGCACAUCCAGUGUUGGGCUGCCUGGUUAUGAUCCUCUCAUUCAUCCAGCCUAUUGGGGCUUUGCUGCGCUGUGGACCACAACAUCACCUGCGGUAUCUGUUCAACUGGACACAUUUUCUGAAUGCAGUGGUAAUAAAAGCUUUAGCUGUGGCAGCCAUAUUUACAGGGCUGGACAGGAUUGACAGCAGUGAUGGAUGGCUGAUGAAAGUCAUGGGUGGCUUCUUUGCUUGGGAAGUUCUCUUCAUCAUCAUUUUGGAGGUCCACGAUUGGAUAGUUAAGCAUACAGAUAGCACCACUGUAGAAAUGGAAUCAGCAUUGGUCAAAGGUGAUGGUCUGCUGAUCGGUCUGUUUUUUAUUGGAAACAUUUGCUUUUUGGUGGCACUUUUAGUCGGAAUUGGGCAGAAAUAAGAGCAACAAAAGAAUCACCUAGAGCAUUUAAUUUGUUGUAUUUGAUCAAAAGACAUUUAGUGAAAGAAUAUGCACUGAAAAUUCUGACCCAUUAAGGCAUCAGCUGGCAAAUCCUGGAAAGUUUGUUUUCUCCUUCAGUAAUGUCAUUUUUUUGUGGAUGUUUUUGUUUGAUAUUUUUCUUAUACUUUCAGUUUCAUAACUAAAAUUGAGUUCAGCUGCCUUAGUAGAAUGUAAAUCAGCAUUUAAGCAAACCUCAUUAUGUCAAAAUUGAUUGUUCAUUAUAUAGUGUAAUACUGUUUAUUUCCAUGAGCAUUGCAAUAUAAUUAAUUCAUGAUAUUUUGUAAUCCUAGUUUCUAUUACUUUUUAUACACAGCCUUACUUUUCCUUUGUCAUUGUGUUGGUUUACUGGCCGUAUGUAUUCCUGUGGUUUUUACUUUGUUUUUGGACUUUGCAAUAGUAACUAAUAAAAGGUCAACACAGAAAA